GCGAGGAACCACAAAGGGUCACAGGUGAAGACGGAGGGUGUUUAAAUUCCUGGGAAAAGGAGGCGAGUCGUUGGGAGUCGCUCGUCGGUUUUUUACAGGGGAAACACAGCAAAAGUUGCUAAAGUUAACAUGUGUGGUUGUAAGUGAGAGCUUUAACGACAAUUUGGGUCAUUUGUCGUAGUUUUCAUGUGGAAGCAGCGCGGUCGUUGGAUCUGGACUGUCAUGUUUCACGCUUGAGGAGGUUUACCUGACACUGGGGACGGCAUCAGAUCUGGAGAGGCUUUUGAGUUCCACUGAAGGUCCCUUGAGAUGGAUGAGGAGGUGAAUCCGUUGGAGAGAGACCACACUCUGUCUGUGGUGCUGCCGGGGGGGCUGGAGAGGAACGCCACAGUGCAUGGAAGUAAACCCGUGAUGGAUUUGCUGGUGACCCUUUGUGCGAGCUACCGCCUGAAUCCGUCAGACUACACCGUUGAAGUUCUCUCGCCCAACAAGAACAUCAUCAGCUUCAAACCGAACUCUCCGAUUGGCUCACUAGAAGCGGAGAAGAUUGUGCUGAAGCCUAAAGGGAUUGAGGAAAAGAUCAGGAGGCCGUACAUGCCUGAGGCGUCUGUACGUCUGUUGAUCAACUACAAUAAGUCCCACAAGGCCGUGGUGCGAGUGAAUCCCAGAGUGCCCCUUGAGAUGCUGCUGCCGGUGGUUUGUGACAAGUGCGAGUUUAAAGCAGAAACAACCAUCUUGAUGAGAGACUCUCAGUCCCAAGAGCCACUGGACCUGACCAAGUCCUUAAAUGACCUCGAACUGAGGGAAGUGUUUGCAAAAGACACAGCUGACCGUCAACACCAGGCCAAGACACCUGAUGCAGCUGUCACACAAACAGAGGUCAUCUCACCACCUCCACCACAAGACCUGCCAAAGAAGGAGAAGAAACAGAAGGAGAACCUGGGAUUUCUCAGCUUAUUCAGAAGACGGAAGAAACACCCUGAAAUGGAAGGGGCCGUGAGUCCUCCAGAUUCUCCCGGUCUCUACAAACAAGUGGGAGGCCGUAUGAAUGGGCAGGAUGUUUCCUCUUCUAACAACCUGGCAGCAGACGUGCCCAAGAAGAGACGAGCCCCCCAGCCGCCCAUGGGUGCGUCACAGAGCGUCCCCAACAACCUCAGCACCUGUCAUUUAAGAGGACCACAGAGGUCUGCUGAAUCUACUUUGAGGAGUACCAAGCGGAGGGCCCCACCCCCACCCUGUGCAAACCAGGAGCUGCAGGAGGACACAGAGGUUAAAGCGACUGUAGACUCCCUGAUUACUGUGGAGAAGAGAGAAAGUGAGGAGUCAGACUCUGUAAAAUCACUAUCAUCAUCUUCAUCAACAUAUCCAUCACAUUCAUGGUCAUCCAAAUCCUCCUCACGUCCAUCUUUCGCCCAUCUCCAUGAAGUGGCUGAUCCAUAUCUGCCUUCGUUUCGAGGGAAAGACUUAACAGACGCCCGCUGUGCUCUUGCCAAAGUCAUGACUUCCUCCAUUUCCAAAGGAACGCUGGUCAGGCGUUUGAGGAAUUCUGCCACCUUCCCAAAAUUAUACAAUGGCUCCUCCUUCAUGUCCAUGACUCAGAGGUUUUCAGAAAAUGGGGAUUUCUAUGCAGAACCUGAACCUGUUUUGACUUCCAACCUACCCACUGAGCCCGAGUGGGAGGAUCCCGCACAGAGAAGGGGAAUGACCACGUUCAAAGUGGUUCCCUCAAAGAAACAGAAGUCCCAUGAUUCAGAGCUCACCGUGGAUGUUCCAGAUCAGAUAACAAUAGAAGAAAACCCUGAGAGUGAAGCUUCUUCUGAGGUCGGGAAAAACCAAACUGAGCCUGAGGAGGAUCCAUGUUCUCCUGCCAGAUCAGAGACUGAAACACCUUUGCAGAGUCCAGAACCUUCUCAAGAGACUGAAGAGCCAGCUUCUCUUCCACCUCCACUUGAUGAAGACAAUCAGGAUUGUCCAGUCUCGCCUCUCUGUGAGGUUCGGGACACCGUUGCAAAGCAGGAGGAAGAGGAUGAGCCUGAAGUCCCAUAUUUGCAGAGUCCAGAACCUUCUUCUCAGGAGACUCAGGCUUCUGAAGAGCCAGCUUUUCUUCCACCUCCACUUGAUGAAGACUAUCAGGAAUGUCCAGGCUCGCCUCUCUGUCAGGUUGGGGACAUUGGUGAAAAACAGGAGGAAGAAGUUGAGCCUGAAGUUGCAUAUUUGAAGAGUCCAGAACCCUCUUCUCAGGAAAUUCAGGCUUCUGAAGAGCCAGCUUCUCUUCCACCUCCACUUGAUGUAGACGAUCAGGAUUGCCCAGGCUCGCCUCUGUCGGAGGUUGGGGGAACUGUUGAAAAGCAGCAGGAGGAAGAGGAUGAACCUGAAGUCACAUCUGAGGUGGUACAAGCCACACCGUCAGACUGCAGUGAUGGAGAACUUGCCAGUGAUGGUCAAAUCAUCAUCUCUGAGGAUCAGAGUGAAUUACUUCAAAGCCCCAGUCGACAGUUUGUCAGUACAGACAUCGACCAUUGUGGUUCAAACACUGAUGAGAGGAAAGUUAAGGAAGAAGAAGACAGUUUCCCUCCUCCUCCUCCACCUGUCUUCUUUAAUGAAGAAAUAGAAGUCAUGGAGGAAGGGAGGGAAGAUACUACAGCUUCCUCUCUUCCCUCCUCUCAGCCACUAAGUCUUUCUUCCAAUGGGCAGACUAAUGCAUUCAGUGAGUUAACGUCAGCCACCCCUGCAGCUGCACCCAAACCUCUGGACAAGAUAAGUUCAGCCCCAUCCAGAUUUGCACAGGCAGUAGCGUUGGCCGUGCAGAGAUCCCGCCCCCAGAGUCGUGGCAAAAGUUUAGGCCCUCAGGCCCCCAGUGGUCCACAAAGUACACUCCCCUCACCACCCAGGACCAUAUACCAGUUCGGUGCCUGACCGGCUUCCUCAAACAUCUUUGAAUGGAAGUCCUUGUUUAGGGAGAGGAUUCAGAGCUCACCGGGGACACCAGACUCUGCCUGUGACCUCCGAAUAACUUAAACAGCUGAAUAAUUUCUACGUAGACGAACUGCAUCAGUUUUACAGCAAGAAGCAACUGACUUUGUUUCUGGAUCCUUUUUUUAUUUUUUGUGAAAAGACACAGUUCACAGGUUGAACAUAAACAUUUUCUGUUGUCAAGUAAGCCAAAUGUACAGGAUGUGAGUUGUUGAACUGACAACGUCCUGUUUUUUUCUUUACUUCCUUUUUAAAUUUUCAUUGAAGAUGUGCCAAGGCGGAAAUGACGCUGAUGUUGCUGGCUUUUUUUGUUUGUUUGUUUGUUUGUGUAAAACAAAACCCAAUGAUUCAUUAUUAGUAUUCACAAUAAUUCUGUGUUUGUGCUUGAAUUUAUUUUCUCCCUCAGGUUGUACAUUUGUAUGCUUUAAGACAUGGAGAACGCAGUAAAACUGAUGAACUCAGUUUGAGACUGAUUUGCUUUUUAGUCACCAGGUGGCAGAAGAGCAUCGUUUCUAAAAUGAAGAUCUGACAAGAUAUCCAUUUGUGAGGUCUUUUUCAUCAUAUGAGUUCUGGUGGAUGUAUCACACGUGACUUUUGAAUUGAAUUUAAAAAGAAAUAACAGUAAAUCUUUUUUAUAAGUACUCAGCAGCCAUUAAUUAACUAAUAUUCAAUUAUCCUUAAAUGUAUUAGUAUUUUUUUUGAAGGCUCUUUUUCCAAGAAUCCAUAUUCAUUUCAAGGACUUCCCCAAAAUAAAAAAAACUCCAUGCAAUAUUUAAUAGAGACUAAGAAUUUCCUACAUUUCCAGCAACAAAAUAAAAUAAAAAAUUCCUUGUUGGAAGCAUCGGUUUUA